UAUUCGACCGAACUGAAGAAGUUAUACUGCCAGAUCGCCAAGACAUGUCCCAUUCAGAUCAAAGUCCUCACCACUCCUCCCCAGGGUGCCGUGAUCAGAGCCAUGCCUGUUUACAAAAAAGCUGAACACGUGACCGAGGUGGUGAAACGCUGCCCGAACCACGAGCUCAGCCGCGAAUUCAACGACGGUCAGAUAGCGCCGCCGAGCCACCUGAUCCGCGUGGAGGGAAACAGCCACGCCCAGUACGUGGAGGACACCAUCACUGGGAGACAGAGCGUCCUGGUUCCUUAUGAGCCUCCCCAGGUGGGGACCGAAUUCACCACCAUUCUGUACAAUUUCAUGUGCAACUCGAGCUGCGUGGGCGGAAUGAACAGACGCCCGAUUCUCAUCAUCGUCACCCUGGAAACCAGAGACGGUCAGGUUUUAGGGCGCCGUUGCUUCGAAGCCAGGAUCUGCGCCUGCCCGGGCCGCGACCGCAAGGCCGACGAGGACAGCAUCCGGAAGCAGCACGUAACGGACGCCACAAAGAGCAGUGAGGGUACGAAACGCCCCUUCCGACAGGUUUCCCACGGCAUACAGAUGUCCGCCAUCAAGAAGAGAAGAUCCACAGAUGAGGAAGUUUUUUGUUUGCCUAUUAAAGGACGCGAAAUCUAUGAGAUUUUGGUAAAAAUCAAAGAGUCGCUGGAACUCAUGCAGUUCCUGCCGCAGCACACAAUAGAGUCAUACAGACAGCAGCAGCAGAACCUCCUGCAGAAACAAACCUCCAUGUCAUCUCAGCCCUCCUUCGGCUCCACCUCGCCCACUCCCGGAAAGGUCAACAAGCUGCCCUCCGUCAGCCAGCUCAUCAACCCCCAGCAGCGUAACACGCUCACUCCGUCAAGCAUGUCUGGAGGCCUCACUGACAUGACUCCCAUGAUGGGCACUCACAUCCCCAUGAAUGCCGACAUGAGUUCACUGAGCCCCACACACGCCCUGCAGCCACAGCUGCCCCUGGUGCCCUCCUCCCACUGUACCCCCCCUCCUCCAUACCCCAUGGACAGCAGCAUCUCCAGCUUCCUUAUUCGGUUGGGCUGCGCCGGCUGCUUGGACUACUUCACAGCACAGGGCCUAACCAACAUCUACCAGAUUGAGAACUAUAACAUGGAGGACCUGUCCAGGCUGAAGAUCCCUGCCGAGUUCCAGCACAUCAUCUGGAAGGGCAUCAUGGAGCACCGACAGGCUAUGGAUUUUUCCCCUCCUCCCCACAUAGUGCGCACCACCGGCAGCGCCUCCACCGUCAGCGUGGGCUCCUCCGAGGCGCGGGGCGAGCGCGUCAUCGACGCCGUGCGCUUCACCCUGCGCCAGACCAUCUCCUUCCCGCCCCGCGACGAGUGGUCCGACUUCUCCUUCGACCUGGAUUCGCGCCGCAACAAACAGCAGCGCAUCAAGGAGGAGGGAGAGUAAGACGCAGCCACCGCCGCCGCUGCGUCCCCACUUGUCAUUUCACGCCUGCUGAUGAACAUUUCAUUUGAAAACCUGCUGUUUAGUGCAAAGCCUGCUGAGAACAAACACACAGACGCACUUACUUUCAUUUUGUCCCGCCAAGUUAUUUUAAAGGUGUUGAGCAAAAGGUGCAUUUUUUUGUUUUUGUUUCUUUUACAUUUUAUUGUUAUGUUGUAAUUUCUUGAGAGCACUUAAGAAAUGCUGAGGACUUCCCAGAUUGCUUUGAGGUUUCAAGUGUUCACGAUUCAUUCCUGAGUCAAAGCGUGAAUGGAACCGCGUAAGAGGGCUUUUAUUAGGGCUGUGUUUCUGCUAUGGGCCGUAGCAAAAGUGUAUUUUAGUUUGUAACCCUUUUUUAGUCGAGUACACUGGUUUUCGCUCGUGGCAGGAGUCAUUUCAAGCAUUUCUUCUCAGAAGUAUUACGUCAGCUGAUGGGCGAUUUGUUUUUCUGCUGUAGCUUCCGUAUUUUGCUUUUUAAAAAAAUGUUUUUUCAUGUGUUGUGAGACCAACGCAUCGCCUUGAAAGGUCUGUUUGUGAAGUGUUUGAGUGCGUGCGUGUUUAAAUGAUGGUAUUUCAUUUGAUGUAGCCACAUAUAGGCCUAACACUCCACCCAGUGUUUCACAGUUAUGACUGAUGUCGUUUUAUUCUCGUUUAUUGCAGAGCAAAAGUAUUUUUUUGAUCUUUUGGUAGAGGAAACUGGAGUUAAAUGUAUAUAAAUUUGUAUAGUUCUGUUUUUUUAACUUGCUCUAAGGGAACUGCAUGAUUUCCUUCAUGAACCAAACUGUUUGGUAGCUUUAUCACUAAGAACAAUGUAUUAAUCAGUUCACAGGAGUACAUGCAGUGUGUCUGUGUGGACACAGGAUUUAGCCCAGCUUUCUCUCCAGUAGUCUGCAUUUGUUAGAAGCAGAAACCGACUGCAGUUUCAUAUUUUUGUACAAUGUAUUGUAAAUAUGUCUCAUUAUAUCGAGGGUAUUUUGAUAUAAAUCUGAAAUAAAUAUCCAUACUUGCUGUAUUGCAUGUUAACA